CAUUACUUCGUAUGUCACAGUGCAUUACUUAGCCAACAUAGCAGUUUGAUCCUUGGUCUGCCUCGGCGAGUCGCUAACACGGAAAUGGGCAAUGCGCUUUCGCUGGCUGUUUCGAAUGGCGUGCCGCUGGUCGGCGGUAUGGUGGGAGGCUUCGUGACCCAAAAGGAUGUCCUAACCUGGUACGCCAAGAUCAACAAACCCAGAUGGACCCCCCCGAACUUCCUGUUCGCGCCCGUGUGGUCGGCGCUGUACGUCAUGAUGGGCACCGCAUCCUGGCUGGUGUGGCGCAAGAAGGGCAAGAACCACAAGGUGGCACUGGGGCUGUACGGCGCCCAGCUGCUGCUCAACCUCAUCUGGAACCCGCUGUUCUUCAAGACGCACAAGACGGAUGUGGCGCUCGUGGACAUCACAGCGCUGUUGGGCCUUGCCACCGCCGCCACCGUCUUCAUGUCGCGCGCCUCCAGCCCCGCCGUACAGCUGCCCCUCAUGGUGCCGUACCUGGUGUGGGUGUCGUACGCCACCGCCCUCAACGCCAACAUCUGGGCCACCAACCCCUCGGAGCGGCUCAUCAAGCCCCGCAAGCAGAAGGCCGCUCAGGCCAAGCCGCAGCCGGCCGGUGUGGUGCGCGAGGCGGCGCGGGCGGCGGCCACGGGGGUGGAGGCGGUCAAGGCGGCGUCGGAGGCGGUGACGGCGGUCCGUGAGGGGCAGUACGGCAAGGCUAUCCUGGCAGCCGACCAGGUGCCCACCACGGGCAGUGCUGCCGUACAGCAUGCCGCCGCCGCCGCCCAGCCGGUGAUGAAGGCCGCGGGCGCCGUCAAACACACCACGGAGGAAGUCAAACACGUCGUGAAGGACGCGGGCGCAGCACUGGGCGUGUCUGCUCCCUCCGCCCCCCCGCCGCCCUCCCCCUCCGCCGGCAGCACCCCUGCCUCCAUGGCCCCCGCCAGCAAGGCGAUGGCGAAGGAGGUGGAGCGAGCUACCAAAGCCGCCAAGGCAGCAGCGAAGGGGGCCACCGCAACCUCCGCUCCGGGUGCUGCUGAAGCAGGGGAGACGCGCGGCGCUGCGGCGGCUAUUGAGCAGGAGCUGAAAGAGGCUGGGGCUCUGUGAAGGGUGAUGGGGAGGGAGGAGGAGGGAGUGGGAGGAAUGUUGGGGGUGGUGGUAUGUGCGGUGAGGAGGUGAUGGGGUGGGAGGAGUGUUGGGGGUGGUGGUGGCUGUGUUAGGUUGCUCGGAUCGGAAGUGGGAAGGCAGUGCAUGGUGGGUCGGGGUCGGUGGUAAAGAGGAAACAACUAACUGACUGGUGGUGGCGGGUGGUGGCGGUGGUAGCUUCCUUUGCAUGCAUGCAUGCCUGCCCUUGAGAGCGCAUGUGCACAGAGGUGGUGAUAGUAAGCACGUGCUUUGUAUCGCCUGAGGAUGAUUGGCAGGUGAAGACGGCCUGAAGCGUUGAAACACGUACGUUGAUGUUGAGAGAGUCCCAUGGGUCGGCCGUUAUGCGCAAAUCAUCAUGUGAGAGCUUGAUGAGGGGUAUACAGGACGCUGUAUCCAUCAGUAACCCCUCUUGUAGGUUUUUUCAAGUUGUAUACAAGCUUAGCUGUUUGCAUGCCUGUCAGGAUACCCCGCGGUCUUGUCUUUGCUCAUUCUUUUCAUUGCGCUUCAUGCACCUUAGUCAUGGGGCUGGUGUGUGGUGCUGUCGUUGAAAUGCAGUACAGUAUGUUGCUAGUACAGUUGCCGCCGCUUCCACAAUACCGGUAGAAGCCCCCAGUCCUAGUUCUGCGGGUAUACCAGGACUCCAUUCUCAAGUGCACAUUUGCAGGAUGUGUAACAUGCAGCCUCC